CAAUUCGAUCCGCUAGAUCAUUUUCUGAUAGCCUUACAGUUCUCCUUGCUAAAUCUAGACCGUCGGCGGCAACAUCGCAAGAUCGAACUGGACGACUUGCGACUAGACGCAGGAGCACAGCUACAGCUUUCUUGCUGAAGUGACGAUACCGAUAUACCGAUCGUAGGGCUCGGCCGACAAGUAAUUAGAACUACCUUAGCAGUAGAUCUACAAGUGAUAACAUGGCUAUCUCCAAGAGAGCCGGAAAGAAGACUGCCAAGUCUGGAGCUUCGGCCCAGCUUCCCACUGGAAAUGGUGCCGGGGGGAAGGCCGUGGUCAAAGCCGACUGGAAGGAGUCCUUCAAGAAGAAGCAGGUCGGAGUCAGUGACAUGACUUUGUUGUCCACAAUCAGCAAUGAGUCUAUCAAUGACAAUCUGAAGAAGAGGUUCGAGUCUGCGGAGAUCUACACAUAUAUCGCUCACGUAUUGAUCUCGGUCAACCCCUUUCGAGAUCUGGGCAUCUACACCCCUGCUAUCCUAUCCUCGUACGUGGGCAAGAACCGUCUCGAGGUACCACCUCAUGUCUUCGCCAUCGCCGAAUCCUCAUAUUACAACAUGAAGAGCCAUAAGGAGAAUCAAUGUGUCAUCAUUUCUGGAGAAAGUGGUGCAGGCAAGACUGAGGCCGCUAAGCGAAUCAUGCAAUACAUUGCCGCAGUCUCGGCUGAAGCAGGAGGUGAUGGUGGGAUCGAGGGUAUCAGGGAGAUGGUUCUCGCGACCAACCCUCUUCUUGAGAGUUUCGGAUGCGCCAAGACUCUGAGGAACGAUAACAGUAGUCGUCAUGGAAAAUACCUCGAGAUCAUGUUCAAUGCAUACGGGCAGCCUGUAGGAGCGCAAAUCACCAACUAUCUGCUCGAGAAGGGAAGAGUCGUUGGUCAGCUCAAGGGGGAACGAAAUUUCCAUAUCUUCUACCAGUUCACAAAAGGAGCUAGUCAAGCUCAACGCGAGGCCUUUGGAUUGCAAGGCCCGGAGGCGUACAGUUAUACGAGCAAGAGCAAUACGCUGAGCGUUUCGAGCAUCGAUGACGUGAAGGAUUUUGCCGAGACUAUUACGGCGAUGAACGUCAUCGGUCUCUCGGAAGCAGAGCAGACCUCGAUCUUCCGAGUCAUUGCUACCAUCCUGUGGCUAGGAAACGUCACCUUCGUGGAAGGAGACGAUGGGAAUUCCAAAGUAGCGGAUACCGAUGUCACCGAUUUCGUCGCAUACCUCAUGGAAAGCCGGCCCGAGCAAGUUGUCAAGGUCCUCACGACUAGGGUCAUGGAAACGACGCGUGGUGGCAGGCGGGGCUCUAUCUACGAUGUCCCGCUCAACAUCGUUCAGGCUAUUGCUGGUCGUGAUGCUUUGGCUAAAGCUCUAUACAACAACCUGUUCGAGUGGAUCGUCUCACGAGUGAAUGUCUCGAUGGCAGCCAAGGUGUCUCCAGACAAUGUUAUCGGAGUCCUGGAUAUCUAUGGCUUCGAAAUCUUCCAGGACAACAGCUUCGAACAGCUCUGCAUCAACUAUGUCAACGAGAAGCUCCAACAGAUCUUCAUUGAACUGACCCUGAAGACCGAGCAGGAAGAGUAUGUUCGAGAGCAGAUCAAGUGGACACCUAUCAAAUAUUUCGACAACGCGAUCGUCUGUUCUUUAAUCGAGGACAAACGACCGGCUGGAAUCUUUGCCACAUUGAACGAUGCAACCGCUACGGCACAUGCUGAUCCGGGAGCUGCGGACAACUCCUUCAUCCAACGUUCCUCGAUGCUGUCAUCGAACCCGAACUUUGAGCCGCGAGGAAACAAGUUCUUGAUCCGACACUAUGCCGGAGACGUGACUUACAACGUCGCUGGAAUGACCGACAAGAAUAAGGAUGCUCUAAUCAAGGACAUCUUGGACCUUGUCGAUGCAAGCAAAGACCAGUUCUUGCACACCUUGUUUCCCGACCGACCGGAUCCCGACUCGAAGAAGAGACCCCCUACUGCCGGAGACAAGAUCAAGUCUUCUGCGAAUGCGCUCGUCGAGAAUCUCAUGCGAGCAGAGCCAUCAUAUAUCCGUACCAUCAAGCCUAACCAGAACCGAUCGCCCAGCGAAUACGAUGACAAGGCGAUCUUGCAUCAAAUCAAGUAUCUCGGUCUGCAGGAGAACAUUCGAGUCCGACGGGCUGGAUUUGCUUAUCGAGCAGAGUUCGCCAAGAUGAUCCAGAGGUUCUAUUUGCUGUCGCCUGCUACAUCGUAUGCUGGAGAUUACAUCUGGCAAGGGGACGAUCGGUCUGGGUGCGAGAGGAUAUUGAAAGACACCGGGAUCGCCAAGGAAGAGUGGCAGAUGGGAGUAACAAAGGCCUUCAUCAAGAAUCCCGAAACGUUGUUUGCGUUGGAAACAAUGCGUGACAGAUACUGGCACAACAUGGCAGGACGUAUUCAGCGGGCAUGGCGCGGCUACGUUCGUCAUAGGAACGAAAUGGCGACGAGGAUUCAGCGAUUUUGGAAGAAUCAGAAAGAAGGCCUCGCUUACGCCAGAAAGCGCGACUACGGUCAUCAGGUGCUUGGCGGCAGGAAGGAACGUCGUCGCUUCAGUCUGCUCGGGAUGAGGAGGUUCAUGGGCGACUACCUCGAUGUGGGCGGCAGGAGCGCUCAAGGCGAGAUGUUGAGGAAUGCCGCCGGACUGGGACCUUCGGAGCCCGUCUACUUUAGCUCUCGUAUGGAAAUCCUGGUCUCAAAAUUCGGUCGAACCAGCAAAUUGAGCCCUCGAUUCCUGAUCGUCACCGACAAGGGCAUGCAUAUCGUCGUGUCAACUAUGGCUGAUGGACGCUUGAACACGUCUUUGGAACGAAAGAUCCAGCUGGUGACGAUCCGAGGCGUGUCGUUGUCAAAUUACCGGGACGACUGGAUGGCCAUCAAUGUUACUGUCUGCGAGGAAGGUGAUCCCAUCAUCGUGGUCCCGUUCAAGACCGAGUUGAUCCAGGUCCUCAUGUCUCUGACAAACGGGGCGGUGAGCGUCAACAUUGGACCGACGAUCGAGUACAACAAGAAGAAAGACAAGAAGGCAAGCAUCAAGUUUGUCAAGGAUCCGUCGGCUAGGACAGACGAUGCGUACAAGUCUAGCACCGUAACGGUCGGUCAAGGCGAACCGCCAAAUUCGGUAUCUCGACCUAUGCCAAAGCGAAAGCCUCGACCAGCCAAGCAGGCCAAGACGAACGCUGCAACUGCCCGCGCUGCCAAAUCCCGACCUACAGCCAAAGCCUUGCCGGGCGCUUCUAAACCAGCGCCUCCCAUGGGCAUAUCAUCCGCACCCGUGGCCGCUGCGGCACCUGCACUUGCUCCUACCUUGAAAGCAACGCCUAAACCGACUGCUCCCAUGCUCAACGGGGCGGCCAAAGCCACGCCUCGAGCGGCCCCGCCACCUCCUCCUGCACCUCCAGCUCGUGCAGCAGCAUCGGAUAAGGAUAUGUACAAAGCCUUGUACAAUUUCCAGGGUCAGGAAGGCGAGAUGAAUCUCACAAAGGGCGAACUCGUCGAGGUGAAGACCAAGGACGAUAAUGGUUGGUGGCUUGUGGUCAAGAGCGGUCAAGAAGGUUGGGCUCCAUCAAACUACCUCAAGAUGGUCCCGAAGACUGCACCACGAGCUGCAGCCCCGCCUCCUCCUCCACCGCCCGCCCCGGCUGCUUCUGGGGGCGGAUCUAUGAAUGCUGGUCUCGCACCUGCACUCGCGCAAGCCAUUCACGCUCGCAGUGGCGGCUCAGGUGCUUCUACACCGAGCGGUUCCCGACCGUCCUCUGUGGUCGGUAAGCCCAAGCCUGUCAUACCAUCAAAGCCUGCCGCCCCGAAGAUUCCCGCCAAGCCUAGUGCUGGAGGUGGUAAUGCGGCCGCGGCUCCUGCAGCCGCUCCCGCUGCUAGAGGUAUCGGUCAACUCGACUUGUCUGCAGCCCUUGCCAAGCGCAUGCAGAGGCCUCCUGCCGACGAUUAGACUAUGUGCCACUUGGUACGAAGGGAAACAAUGAGGGUUGUAUACAUGAAUGCAUAUGCUGCCAAAUUUCGAUCUAGAUUCCGAUUGA